UUUCUGAUUUAAUCUUUCAGUAUCCAUGAAUAAAAUUUCCACUACGCAUACCACCCUUUUCUAUCAAGAUUGCUAAGCAAGUGAUGCAGUCCAUGGCUGAUGCUACAACAUGAUCUCCCACAAGAAUCAAGUAUUCCUGUCAAAGCCAAAUCAGCGUAUAAUUUGGUUGAAGUGAGGUUUCUUGUCAUUUAAAUAUAACAAAUCUCUAGUAAGUUAUCUAGUUAUGCCACUUAAAGACUGAACUUCGUCAUGUCUUUGUAUUGCAUAUGUCUGCCAGAUAAGCAUGAGCAAUUGUUUGUAUUGAAAAAAGUCCAUUGUUCCUAAAAAAAAAAGAAAGUGAACUGACAAGUCAAAUUUCUCCUUAUUCAUAAUAAUCUAUGUAUGGACUGUCCAAAAGCUAGUUUGCUAUGUAAGGAAAUACCUAUGACAAGACCUGUUCUGAUUUCUGGAGAAUUGUGUUUCUGAGGAUUGGAUCAGUACACACGUUGUUUAGGUUUGGAAUUGAAAAACAUUUCCUCAUGCUGGUGAACAAAUUUCUUCACAUCUUCCUUUGACACCACAGCUUUGCCUUUUUCCCAUGUUCUUGGCUUCCUAACGGAUUUCUUGAAGGCAGUGGAGACUACCAUGAUGGCUGCUGAAGAAAUGCUAUCUUCUUAUGGAUCUUACAGAUCAAUUCCAUUAUCUCAGGAAACCUAAUACAGAAACCCAAUCUUUUAUUUGCCAGCAUUAAUGAUUUUUUUAAUUUGUUUAAGUUGUUUUUCAUAUUUUGCCUUCCUACAAAAUUCUCUCCAGAGCAGAGGUAAACAAAAACACCCCUGAAGAGCUUUUCUGAAAUGGUAUUACCCUUUUGGAUUCUUAUUUUGUGUUUUUGUUGUUGUGGUGGUGGUUGUUUUGUGGCAUUUGGCAAUUACUUCUGUACUUCAUGAAAUGACAUUAUUUGUCUGAUGGCAUUAGUAUGCAAACUAUGCAAUCUGGCUUCUUCUGUGGGAAGAAGACUAAUGCUCUAUUUCCAUCCCUCGUACAAAAGAAUGUUUAAGAGAAAUAGAUUUUGGAAUUUUAUUCUGCUAUUUGGGCCAUAAGCACAAUGAUUAAUGCAUUUAGUUUGUUGCCUGUGGGAUAAUUCUAUUGUUAAAACUUUCCAGAUUGCCCCAAGGCAAAUUCACAAGAUACUUCAGUAAUUAACUGUGCUGCCCAAUUAUGCUACAAAUAUUCAGAUAAACUGCUUUGUCAUUAACAAAUAUGUUUACCUGGAUGACAAAAUGGUGUAUUGUCAUCAGAAACAAAAAUAUAAAAAAAACAAAAACAAAAACACUUAUCUAAAAUUAAGCUGUUUUAUAGAAAUUACCCCGUUUUUGUAGUAGAAUCUGUUCCUUUUAUUAUAUACUGGCAUACUUUCUUUGUUUCCACUGUUAAACUUGCAUAUUUACAAUCUCUUCUGUGUAGACAGGAUGUCCUAAAAGAACCGUAGAGGCUGUAGUGCCUUUCCGAAGUAAGUAAUGUAAAAAUGUAAGUUUAACUGUCAUCAUACAUCUCAUCAAAUGUCUGUAGAUCAUCUCUCAGCCGUGUUUAUUUCUCAUAGCUCCUGAUCUGUUAUUUCUGUUCUUUUCCCAGCAAAAAUGUCUGUUACAGAAUAGUUUUUCUUAGGUUUUGUACCCUGUCUAAAUGGGCAGCUACUAAUAUGGAAUCAAACGAUCCUACUUACUGUCUCAAACUGGUAUACAAGGAACAAUGCUCAUUUAGCUUGUCAGAUGCAUAAAAUUCAAUCCCAUCAGGAGAGAAAUAAUAAAAUUAUGGUAAAAGUGUAAGAAGUUCAUGAAACAGGAGAAAUCAUGUAGUACUUUCUGUGCUAAUGCAGGUGACUAAGCCUGUGAGUCUAUGCCAUAUCAAAGCCUUGACUGCAUGCUCAGAGAGUGAUCAUUUACUUCUCACUUGUCUAUGGGCUGGGCCUGUAGGUAGAAGCAAAAGUGGGAAAAAUGAGAGUAAGUGCUUCUGACAGAAUUGAAACCAGCAAGAGCCUAAAACUUCAGAUUAAAAUAUCUGAUGGUUAGACAGAAUUGAUACACUCUAGCAAUGUGUUGUUGAAUCCAUAGCUCAGUGUAAUUAACCCUUCUAAAAAGCUGUAGGAGCACAGUGAAUAACAAAAAAACUGAUGGGAAUUUAGAUGACUGUUAAGUAUUUUGUAUGGUCAUGGCAUCAGAAAAUUGAAAUGAGACCUCUGGAAAUGGAAUUAGCAUUUGUUGACAUUGUUUUUUUUAGGUGAAUGGUCUUCACAAAGUGUAACCUAAAACCUAAUGCCAGUAGAUGGAUUGUCUCCUGCAUUCCAAACAGUAUGCUCACAGCAAUACCUAUUGUCAGUGUUCACUUCCUACUAUACUUGUGGUUUCUUUAGUUUGUUCAAGUGAGAACAGAAUUUUGUGCUAAAAGCUUUUCCACACAUGUAAACAUUUUGAUAUGCUGCCAAUGCAAUUUUUACCUUCAAAAGAUAGCAAAUACAUCUUUGCCAUAAAGUGACUUCAGGUUUUUCCCAAAAGAUGUUUCCAUUGCAUUUCCAUUUUUCUCACGCCAAAUUCUGUUUCCUAAUGGAAUAAACUCUGAAUCAAAUGUUCUACGGUGCCUUUGAUGCACAGCUCUUCUGACAGAAGUAAUGGUGCAUCACUACUGUAUAAAUGUGGUAUUAUGUACCUAAAACUAGGGCUCAUAUGGCUGCAGUAAUCACAGGGUUCUUUUGGAACUUGAGCAGACCUUACCCUUUCAGUUAAGAACCAUCUUAAUGGCAUGCAUUAGUAUUCCUGCAAAACUUCAAUAGCCUUGUAGGUAAUCAGCCUGUUCUCUAACCAAAAUACUCAAUGUCUGGAGAUUUGAGUUCUGAAUUUUAGCCAAUUUGAUUUUUGGGAGUACAAACGAAAGAGGUUGUUAGUUUGGCUUAUUAUUAUUAUUACUAUUGAAGCAUUAUAUAUACUUCAAUGAUGAACUGUUCUGUUGAUUCUCUGUAUCGAACUUUAUCCUCAGCCAUGCAUAGUCUAUAAUACUUAGGAUAUCUAUAACAGCUCCAAUAAUAUUCAUGUUUAAAUGUUCAUUUCUUUUGUGCUUAUCAUCAAGCAAGUCUAAUCUGUCAUUUGAUCUGUGGUGUCUUGAAAGUAGUAGGCAAAAUGUCAUUCACGUAAAAGGAAAUAUCUUGGUAUUAUAACAACUUUGGUCACUAACUGGCUCACAUGCUCACUAUAAUAUUGCACAUCUUGUUCAAAACUUGCUAUUUCUCAUCAGCUCUUUACUACUGAUAAAAAAAUGCUUCUAAACUAUUUAGAAAUAGCCAGAGAACAUAAUACAUGCAGUCAUUCUUUUUGAUAUCCUAAAUAGUUAAAAAAAAAAAACUGCUUAAUUUUUGAAACUACUAUAUCACUGUGUUUUCAAUAUAAUAAAACCUAGAUUUUUUCCACAUCUUUUCCUGAAAAUAUUUUUAGCAACGUCUGUCAAAUGCAUACCUGGAGGGCAAAUCUUUUGUUCCCAUGUGAGUAACUCAUGCUAAAAUGAGUUUCUUUCCCUGCCUUUCGCAUUUCUUCGUAACUCUCUCUGCCAUUGUCUCAACUCGAGCUAAAGUGCCUUCUGUGGUUUUGAUUGACUUUUCUUUCCAAAUAUGUACCUCAGAGCUAAGAGGUGGCACCGCUGUUUCAUUACCUUCCUUCCACUUUGCCCAAUUUCAAAGUUAACCCACUGACCUCUGGUACAAAUUGCCUUAGCAAAGACAUCAUUAAACCCAUCAUUUCUUGAUGGAUAUACAGUGAGCAUCUAGAAUAACAGCACCCAUAUGGUCCCUUGGAUGUUAGCUGUAAAUCCUCUCUUUUUUUUUACAGUUUCAUGUAAUUUUUCAUGACCUUCAGGAAACUUCGUGGCCCAGCUGCCAUCCGUGCUAGAGGAUGUUUCGUGAUGGCAGUUCUCCAGGGAAAGCACAUGCUUAUACAUUUCUGAUGUGUAUAAUUAUCAUCAUCAUUUUUAUAUGUAAAUAUAUGGACUUUCAAAGUAUGAUUCUAGAAUGUACCAAAUUACGUUCUUGUUAGUUGUUUUCUUGAAAAGAAAAAUUAAUAAUUAAUGAUGUUUGUUACAUCCUAUACAUAUUUUUCUAUCGGUAUUAGUGGCAUGGAAUAGCAUUUACAAGACCACAGCUAAAAUUGUAAAGGAAUGUGUUGCAUAAUCUGAGAUACAGUACUGAUCAACCUCUCCCUUAUCAGAUGUAGUUUUGUCAGUGGAAAUCACUGGGAACACUUGCAUAGUCAUGUGCGUUCAUUGUAAAAGUAAUAGAGUUAAAAAUAAAUUAUGCCUAUGUAUUAACAAGUAACAAGUACAAACUGCUCUAUAAUCUGGCAUUUCUGUGCCAGGGUCUGCCAUCCACAGGCGCAGGUCAUGUUUCUUCCAGGAGUUGCUCAUAGUGUGAAAAAUGGUAUUACAAAUAUCAUGCUAUCAAUCUUUCCUUCAGCAUGGUAUUAAAAUUGAAGCUGUGUAAAUAGCGAAGUUUAACAUUUAUAUAAACUGAGGAUAAGAGAUUAUUUCUAUUUUUAGGAACAAUAUAGUUAAUAAUGCACUGAUUAAUAUCAACUUAUUAAAAUACUUUUGGAAUGGAUAUUUUAUAAUUUAUUAAUAUAUAAUAUUUUUUUGGAAUGGAUAGUCUUGGGAGCCAUCAUGGAUCAGUUAAAGGUCAACCAGGGGAUCAGGCCCAGUCAGCGUGGGUUUACGAAUGGUAGAUCCUGUUUGACAAACCUGAUUUCAUUCUAUGACGAGGUGACCCGCUUAGUGGAUGGAGGAUGCAGGGCUCCAGACAGACAGAUUCCCUCUCUCCUCCGCCCUAAGCCAGAAGUGAUCCACCAAGUCUUCAUUCGACUGGAAAGGCCAACCUGAUGAAUGAACCAGCAAGGAGGGGGCCAUCUGAUAAUACUCUCAGCAUUUUGGCAAAGCAUAAUGGAUUCAGUCGGCAGAAACAAGAAGUAUACCUACUGCCAAUCAUAAUAAGUGAUAGUGGAAAUCCUCCCAUGAGCAGUACUAGCACUCUUACUAUUAGAGUCUGCGGUUGCAGCAGUGACGGUAUUGUCCAGUCCUGUAAUGUUGAAGCAUAUGUACUUCCUAUUGGACUCAGCAUGGGAGCCCUAAUUGCAAUAUUAGCAUGCAUCAUUUUGCUACUAGUCAUUGUGGUGCUGUUUGUAACACUAAGAAGACAUAAGAAUGAGCCCUUAAUCAUCAAAGAUGAUGAAGAUGUGAGAGAAAAUAUUAUUCGCUAUGAUGAUGAAGGAGGUGGAGAAGAAGAUACAGAAGCUUUUGACAUUGCAACGUUGCAAAAUCCAGAUGGAAUUAAUGGAUUUUUGCCUCGUAAGGAUAUUAAACCUGAUCUUCAAUUUAUGCCCAGGCAGGGUCUUGCACCUGUUCCUAAUGGUGUUGAUGUUGAUGAAUUUAUUAAUGUAAGGCUUCAUGAAGCCGAUAACGAUCCCACAGCUCCACCAUAUGACUCUAUCCAGAUUUAUGGCUAUGAAGGAAGAGGCUCAGCUGCUGGUUCCCUUAGUUCAUUGGAGUCCUCUGCAUCAGACUCAGAUCAGAAUUUUGACUACCUCAGUGAAUGGGGUCCUCGCUUUAAAAGACUUGGAGAACUUUACUCAGUUGGAGAAAGUGACAAAGAAACUUGACAGUGGAUUACAAACUUUUUCACUGUUGACUUAACGAUCAUGUAUUAUUCUAGGGCCACUGCUGUUAGUUAAAACUAAUGUGGCUUUUUGUUUUAGAGGCAAGUUUAGCGCCAGUCAUCUAUAAAAUCAACUACAUUGUAAUGUUGAACCAAAUAAAAAAGUAUAUGUUAGGAGGUUAAGUCUUGUGGAGUGUGAAGUAAAGUAUGUGGAGUGUCUAGAAGUCUUUGGAUAUUUGAUAUUCACUUGACCACUCUGAAGAUGGAGAUUUAGAUCUUUAAUUAUCUUCAGUGAAUUGAAAAGAAUGAAUUGGUGCUUUCUUAGGAAAUGGACUUGCAGGGAUUUUGCUGUUGAACAGUAGCUCCUGCCAGUGUAUGUAAAGCUAAUGGUUUGUUUCUGCAUUGCCAACAAAGAUCCCAACACAGAAAUGUUAAAAGCAAUAUCUUGGUCUUCUUAGCAAUGCUGAAUAGAAAUAGCAUUGUAAAUCCUUACUGGCUUCUACUGUGCAGUGACCAUACAUUGUACAUACAGUAAUUGUUGGCCACGUAACCACAGACUGAAUAUCAUCUUUAAAUAUUGUGUCAAGCCUUAAAAUAUUCACAUGUUCUUAAUCCAUUCCAGUUAUGGGUAACAAAUCCUACUCAUGUGCAAAGAUUCGGAUGCAGGGGUCCAAAACCUUGCUUUACAAAAAGAUCUUUUUUCUAAAUGAAGGGUCAAUCUGGUACUUCUGAAAGGAAAGAAAAAACAGUGAAAGGGGAUGGACAUAUAUGAAAGAAUUACUGAUUUUAUUGCUAAAGAUCAGAUUUAUUUGUUUAAUCUUUGAAAUAAAUAUUUUAUUGGUGUCCAUUACUGCUUUUAUUUAUGAAGAUUGAUAAUCUAUAGAAUAAGAUUAUAAAGAAAACUAAAUUAUAUCAUUUAGAUUUUUUUCUAUAUAUAAUGUUUAAUACAUGUACAUUUUGAAAAGAAAAAUGACAAAUUGUUGUAGGUUAAAGCAGUAACCUCUCCAUUUGCAGUAGCAGAAUUUUAAGAGAUUGAUGGCAGGAAUAAAACUUUCCCAGAAAAAAAACUUUUGACAGUUUUGUAUCUUCUUCAUAAAUCUAAUACCUGGUGUUUUUAAUACAAGCACAAACAGCUGGAAGUAAACUGGUUCAUGUGAAUAUUUAAACUAUAGACUUUUAGAAAUCCACACAUAACACAGUACAGUAAAAAAAAAAAAAAAACAUGCUUAUAGUUCUCCACUGUAUUAGAGCAGGAACCAGUGUGUACAUAAUUUUACUGCUUAUGUUAUUAGCAUUUCUUUUCUAUAAUAUUCAUAGUGAUGCACCAGGGCUCUUGCACACAGAGAAAGAACAGCACUAGAAGUUGCAAGCAUACUCAAUUUGUAAUGCAAACUUGCCAUUUAGAAGUAGCAAUUGUAUAAUAAAACUAUGUAUUACAUGCAAAUCAUUUUAAUUUUCUACUUUGUUUUGAUGCUAUAUUAUUGUUUGUUUAUUUACUCCAUGUAUUGUAUUCAGAGAAACUCCUGUAUUGUUUCCUACUUUGUGAAAUAUAUUUUUAUAAAUACUUUUCUUGUUAUUGCUUUUCUUUCAGUUUUACCUGUACACUGCAGAAAGGAAUCUGCUUGAAUAACUUCAUAGUCUGUGGAGGAAUGUAGUUUCUCCAAAAUAAUUUAUUUAUUAGGUGAAUACAGUCAAAAUAAAAAGGAGAAUGUUUGAAGCAA